UCAGAUAUAGUAGUAAAACACUGACAGGGAACAUUGUACUGCACAAUGAGUACUUUUAUAAGGGUUUGAAUGCAGGACUGUUUUACUUGUAGUGGAGUAUUUACACAGUGUGGAUUCAUUAGAACUUCUACUGAAGUAAAGGAUUUGAAUACUUGGACAGUCAGUAUAGCCCCCGAAAGUCCCAACAGCACAGUUCAGACCACACUAGUUCUAUCUCUGGCUCUGACAGUCAGCUCCCAUUCAGCCUGAGGGAGGAGUCACUGCGCAUGGCUUCGCACAGGAGAGACGCACACUUGUGCAGAAGCUUUCUCUACCUUUCUCCUCUCAGUGAACAGAGGAUGUGACUUCAUGUUGGAGAUUUGAGGAUUGACGAGGUGCCACAGAGUUCAUAUAUGUACACAGUAUAUCCAGAUCUCCAAAAGCGCGCAGCAAGUUCAGGUCCAACUCUGGACUUCCUUUUUAUGGCACAACGUGGACGCGAGGAGCCAGUCUGAACGAUGGCUCAAGAAACAGCAACCUGGUUCUUGUUGGAGACCUCCUUCUCCACCCUGCAGCUCAUCCACGAGGCCAGCAGACGUCUGGGUCUCCACCCGACUCAAGUGACCCACCAGCUCCACACCAGUCACAGAUGAAGAGGAGAGGCAACAUGCCUGUGGCCCGCAGAAAAGGGAGGGUGUUCUGCGUGGUGAUGAUGCUCAACGUCUUCAUCUGCAUCCUGGUGGGCGUGUCGUGGAACCAUGGACGUGAUAAAGGUGGCCAGGAGAAGGUUCGAAUCCCAACCAAGAAGUUUUGGCACAAGGAGGCACGGAGCAAAUCCUUCUGGAACAAGGAGCAGCAGUACUUGGACUUCAUUUUCAACGUCAUUUACAACCCCGCCAUCGACUCUGUGCUGUCUAGCAACACUCUCAUCGAGCUUCCCGAUUGGCUGAAUGACACUGGACCACUCAACCUCUGUGAGCCAGACUACAGAGUCCCCACGCAAAUCGUGGACUACAACUCCCUGCCGCAGCGCUUCCAGGAUUUUCUUUUGCACAUGCGCUGCAGGACGUACCCCAUGCUGAUAAAUCAGCCCCAUGUUUGUGAUGAAAAGCCCUUCCUGCUGGUGGUGGUCAAAUCGCUGAUCCCACAUUUUGAGCGGCGGCAGGCCAUUCGUGAAACAUGGGGUCGGGCGGGGGUUUUGGCCAAUCGCACAGUGGCGACGGUGUUCCUGCUAGGCAACACCUUGUCAACGGACAACUUCCCGGACCUGCAGUGGAUACUGGGCCACGAGGCGGAACUUCACAAAGACAUCCUCCAGUGGGACUACAGGGACACCUUCUUCAACCUCACCCUGAAGGAGAUCCUCUUCCUGGAGUGGUUCAGCCACAACUGCCCCCAAGCCCAGUACAUCUUCAAGGGUGACGAUGAUGUCUUCAUCAACACCUUCCGAAUUAUUGACUUCCUGGAAGGCUUGUCCGAGGUCAAGGCCAAGGAUUUGUUCAUAGGUGAUGUUAUCAGUGACGCCAGUCCACACCGAAGCGAGAAACUCAAGUACUUUAUCCCAGAGAGUGUGUUUGUGGGGUUGUAUCCGCCUUACGCAGGAGGCGGAGGAUAUCUGUACUCUGGGGAGUUGGCGCUGCGUCUUUACAACACAUCUCGGCAGGUAGUCUUGUAUCCCAUUGACGAUGUCUAUACGGGGAUGUGUCUGAAAAAACUAGGCCUGGUUCCUGAGAAGCACAACGGCUUCAAGACUUUUGACAUUAGUGAGAAGGACAAGUCCAGCCCCUGCACCUACCAGAGCCUGAUGCUGGUUCACAGCCGGACGCCACAGGAGAUGUUGAAGAUCUGGCCGUGGAUUAUCCAUCCGGAGCUGAACUGCCAGUGAACACCUUCAUUCAUCUUGUUUGCACUGUUGAUAUUUCAACACCUUUUAAUUAUGUUAAAUCCUCAAGUCCAAGCAAAACCUCUGAGUUCGUGUUUUAAAAUCAUCACGUCUUUAUUUGUCUGUUGUCUUUUCCACUAGCUAGGGUGAAUUAAGGCUGAUUGGGACAUCAGGUCAAAUGGAACAGUAUAACUAUACUGGGUUUGUUUUCUCGCCUGAUGAGUGAGAAUAAAAACUUUUUUGCUGAGCCCUAGCUCUGAAACCACAAAAUCAAAAUUGCACGGCCUCAUUGAUGUAACAUCAAGUAGGUGGGCGGGGCAAGCAUGAAACAGGAAGUUGACCUUGCAAAGCAUAAGGUGAGGAAAAUGCAUGCCCCCAGGAAGAGCGCGUAGUGGUCAAACAGCGGUACUACAACUUCCGUGUCCGUCACGUGAUGCCAUUGGGCCCAAAAAUAUUUUUUCCCAUAGACUUUAGUCAAUUAUAGUAUAUAUAGUAACUAUACCGUGAUAUGCCAUAGCCUACAGUAAAACUAACGCCAGCAGAAAUAUAUAGUAUAGUAGUAUAAUAUAUAGUGAAUAUUAUAUGUAUUUAUUGUUAAGGUUUGGUUCAAACAGAGCCAGAGAGAUAGUGGACAAUGGGAGCUGUAAUCACAUUUGGUAGCAGAUUGUAUGUAGAGUAAAACUUUAGUAACAGUAAUAUUUUACUACUACUACUACUACUACUACUACCAAAAACUCACAGACCUCAGGAUAACCUCUGAACUGAUGAUCCCACACACACUGUUUUCUGUUUAACACAAACGACACAUAAUCCCACAGACUUUCUUAAACAACAUUUUUUACAUUUGUACAGUAAUUAUGAAACACUCAGUGUUAAUUGUUUUUAGCAUCCCAGCUGGGAUGUUGCUGCUGUUACUGGGCAUUUGUAUGUAUGUUUGUAUAUAAAAUGUGUGUUUAAAUAAGCAAUAUAUUGAGUUUGGUUCACAUGAAACAGAUUUUUUCAGGGUUGGCUUCAGACAUGUCCUCUUUUCUGUUGUUUGUUAAAAUUGUUUUGGUCAUUACAAAUCUUUUCCCAUUAAUAAAAAAUAAAAAUAAAUAUAUUGUGUUUGUGU